ACAAGUUCUCUUGUAGCAAAAUUAGGACUAAUGACCCUUAUUAAUGGGCUCAAGUGGGUAUCGGUUUUAGUUUGUUGAUGUCUCAGGUUCCAGAUACAACACUUUUAUAAGUUUACAAACAGGUUAACUCCAUACAAUGAAGUUGCUGCUCGCCUUUUUAACGAUUGCUUACUGCGUACAAACGUCAUGGUCAACUUGCUAUAACGAAGAUCACUAUGGCAUAUUCUAUGUACUGUGUAAUAACAUCACAUCAUUGAACGAUAUCCCAUCGCACCUGUAUCCGUCUAGAAAAUUCCGCUUUUUUAUCAGGGAGAGUACAAUCUCAUUAUCAAAAACGAAAAAUUUCAGAGGGAUUUACCAAUUGGAUAUAUCGUCUAGUAACAUUACGUCUAUCCAACCCGAUUUCUUCAAGAGCGUUCCCACGCUAGAUGUACUCAAGAUUGAAAAUUCGACAAUUUACAACGCGCAGCAAUUUCCCAAGUCGGAACUCUCACAGUUACGGCUGUCUGGUAACGUGUUUGAUCGCGUACCAGAAGGAUGGCUCUUAGAUCUGCACAAGCUACAUUUGGUUGUUACCCAAGACAACGUUUGGCCCAACUUGGAUAUAAUUCCAGAUGAUUUCUUCAGAAACCUACCCCUAAUCUUGAUUUUCCUGGAUAAUGCAAGAAUAGUAGAACUGAAAUCUGAUGCCUUCCGAACAUUAGGCAAGUUGAGCCAACUAUCGCUGACGCAUAAUCGACUAGCUGCAUUACCGGACCGAAUAUUUGAGGAGAUCACUGAGCUCGAACAGCUCAUGAUGGACUUCAACAAGCUUAACGCAUUCAGUGACCGAACCUUCAAAACUCUACACAAGCUAAAAACCUUGUCAAUUUCCCACAACGAACUCGCUUUAAUUCCAAUGGAAUGGUUGGCACCGCUCCGCUCGUUGAAGCAUCUGGAUCUUAGUUACAACCGCAUCAACAAUUUUAGCAUGUCCCUUCAAAGCCUCGAGUUUCUGAAUAUGUCGAACAACAAGCUAGAGGAAAUUAAUGCCGGCGCGUUUGAAAAGCUCCAGACUUUAGGGGAACUUGAUCUUUCCUACAACUCCCUGGUCACUCUCCCCGACGAUGCGCUGAAAGGAUUGGAACACCUGGCUAUUUUACAUCUGGCUGGCAAUAAAAUUAACCAUCUACCAAGCAAAGUGUUUAUGCACACACCCACCUUGGAGAUGCUGCUUCUAAGUGGAAACCGUCUAACAAGCAUCGGCAACAUUGGCUUUGACUACCUCGGAAAGCUGAGGCAUCUACAGCUGUCGAGCAACAACCUUCAAACUCUACCGGCCUCGCCAUUUUCCAAGCUUCAAGCUUUGGAAGAACUCGACUUGGAAAACACUGGCCUAUCGGCGCUCGACCCCGCGAUGUUUGUCGGCCUCCACACCCUGCAGUCAUUGAACGUAUCCGCCAACAAACUUCAACAUCUAAAACCGGGCGUCUUCCACCACCUGGUCAACCUCCAAGUACUAAACGUCCAAGAUACCGGUUUAACACGGCUGGAAUUGGGCACAUUUUCGGACACGAAAAACCUGAUUCAUCUAAACCUUGCCGAGAAUCGCGUGCCGCAGCUAUCCGAAGGAAUUUUCGACGAUAUCAGCUUAGAAAUUCUGUCGAUCAGGGGCAAUCCUAUUCGAACAAUCGGCAGAAACAUCUACCGAGGGCAAGUUAAGCUGCGCGAAAUUAACUUUGAGAAUACAUCGAUCGAAAGUUUAGAGGAGACGGACGUUAUACCGGAUUUGAGGUACGCCAUGCUUAGAGGUACGAAGUUUGAAAACAGGACCGUCUUCAGGAUCAAAACGAGACGAUUCGAAAGGAUCAAUGAACGGACUUGGGAUACAUGGUGCCCGGAAUACUUACUGACUUGCCAUGAUGAUGUUUAAAUUUAGAUUGUGAAUUUUAGGUUAGUGAUUUUCCUCUUAAUAAAUAAUAC